AAGCAUGUAUAAAUUGGAAAAGGAAGGAAGGUACAUGCAGGAUCAUUCAAUUAGAAGAAGGUGAAGUGAUCGAGAUUCGUGAAGAAUGGCGGCAAGCAGCGUGAUUGGCUGCCAAACCACCACUUGGGCGCCGCAAGUAAUGAAGACGACACAGCUGAUCAGAGCUCAACAGAGACAUAUUGGACGGCGACGUCAAAAGGCAUUUGGAUCAGCACCGUCACGCCGGACGGCGAUCAUCAAUCAGAGAGCUUAUACCUUCACUUACCGUACCUCCGAUAAUGUGCCUCUCCAUCACUUACCCGGUGCUCCUGCGGAUUGGUUUGAAGAGUAUAUGGAGGAUAAGGGAAGAAUAGUGGGAGCUAUCAUUCCAGAAAAAUCAAGUGCUCUGCGCCUCAAUCAGCAGGAAGAGUGGAGAAUAACAAUGCCAGUGAUAGAAGCCUUAUUCUUGAAGGCACAGCCAGUGAUAGACAUAAGAGUGGCCACAAAAUCGAAUGGACAAGAUUACCCUCCUCAUGUUCCUCCUCACAUCACUAAGCUCUACGAGACUCACACUACAAAGUGGGAGCUUCAAGGUCUGCAUUCAGAUUACAUGCCACCUUUCUUCAACAUCGAAGCUUCUGGAACCUUGUACCCUCUAACACAUGCAACUGAUCAUCGCGGCUGCAUUAUUAAGAAUCAAUUGAAAGCCAAUAUUACCAUCGCUUUCCCUCCACUUCUCGCUUGGGUUCCUCACCAUGUCUUGGACAAUAUCGUGCAUUCGAUUAUCAGGACAAUCGUGGAGGAUAUCAAGAAAGGAUACACGGUAAGAUUGUUAGCUGAUUACAGGUCAUUCCAGAGGAGCAAGUUAAAGAAUUCGACCUAGUUAUUUUUAGACUACGUUCCAAGUUCCAUAUAUAUAUAUACAUACAUGCAUAUAUAUAUAUAUAUAUAUAUAUAU